AUGAGCUUUGGAAGUAGAGGGAAGCUGAAAGAAACAAGCUUGAGCACAUCCGCUGAAAGCAACAUGAACACCAAGAGGGACAAGAUACUGGCUCAGUACAGUGCAGAUGCUGAGAUUCUGGCUGAGUUUGAGCAGUCUGGUGUGUCUGGCAAAUCAUUUGACUACUCAAGGAUGGUCCUUGAUCCUCCCAGGUUAGUGUCUGGGGAGAAAAUGACUGCAUACCUGUCCAAAAUCCAAAGGGGUAGCCUUAUUCAACCCUUUGGUUGUAUGCUUGCAAUUGAGGAACACACUUUUAGGAUCAUUGGGUACAGUGAGAAUUGUUUUCAAUUGUUGGGUUUGGAGAGGCAAAUUGACUCCACGCAGUUCAUGGGUUUGAUUGGGGUUGAUGCAACAACCCUUUUCACUCCCUCUUCUGGGGCUUCCUUAGAAAAAGCUGUGGCUUCCAGGGAAAUUUCGCUUCUGAACCCAAUUUGGGUCUAUGCAAGGACAACUCAGAAGCCAUUUUAUGCCAUACUGCAUAGGAUUGAUGUUGGAGUUGUGAUUGAUUUGGAGCCUGCGCGGUUGAGUGAUCCAGCAUUGUCACUUGCUGGGGCAGUUCAAUCACAGAAGCUCGCUGUGAGGGCUAUUUCAAGGCUGCAAUCUCUUCCUGGGGAAGAUAUUGGCUUGUUGUGUGACACAGUUGUUGAGGAAGUGCAGAAGCUUACUGGAUAUGACAGGGUUAUGGUUUAUAAGUUUCAUGAGGAUGAUCACGGUGAGGUUGUAUCUGAGAUUAGAAGGUCAGAUUUGGAGCCUUAUUUGGGUUUACAUUAUCCUGCCACAGAUAUCCCUCAAGCUUCUCGCUUCUUGUUCAAGCAAAACCGGGUUAGGAUGAUUUGUGAUUGCCAUGCAAAGCCAGUUAAGGUCAUUCAGAGCGAAGAAUUAAGGCAACCUCUUUGCUUGGUGAAUUCAACCCUUAGGUUACCACAUGGUUGUCACACACAGUACAUGGCCAACAUGGGAUCAAUUGCCUCUCUGGUGAUGGCAAUUGUAGUCAAUGGAAAGGAUGCAACAAGGCUUUGGGGUUUGCUAGUUUGUCAUCACACUUCACCACGCUAUGUGUCUUUCCCGGUUCGCUAUGCUUGUGAGUUCCUAAUGCAGGCUUUUGGACUGCAACUUUACAUGGAGAUUCAAUUGGCAUCACAAAUGACAGAGAAGAGAAUUCUUAAAACACAAACCUUACUGUGUGACAUGCUCCUUCGUGAUGCACCAUUUGGCAUUGUGACUCAGUCUCCAAGUAUUAUGGAUCUUGUAAAGUGUGAUGGGGCUGCCUUGUUUUAUGAUGGCAACUGCUGGUUGUUAGGCACAACCCCAACUGAAGCACAGGUGAAAGACAUUGCAGAAUGGCUCCUUAGUAAUCAUGGGGACUCAACAGGUUUGACAACAGAUAGUUUAGCUGAUGCUGGUUAUCCAGGUGCUGCUUCACUGGGUGAUGCGGUUUGUGGAAUGGCCACAGCGAGAAUCAAUUCAAAACAUUUCUUGUUCUGGUUCAGGUCUCACACUGCCAAGGAAAUGAAAUGGGGAGGAGCCAAGCACCAUCCAGAGGAUAAGGAUGAUGGAGGAAAAAUGAACCCAAGAUCAUCAUUUAAAGCUUUUCUUGAAGUAGUCAAAAGCAAAAGUUUGCCUUGGCAAGUUCCAGAAAUCAAUGCUAUCCACUCAUUACAGCUAAUAAUAAGAGAUUCAUUCCAAGACGCGGAGAUCACUGGUCCAAAGACUUUAAAUUAUGCACAGAAAACUGACACUGUAACUGGGGGGAUGGAUGAACUCAGUUCAGUAGCACUUGAAAUGGUGAGAUUAAUUGAGACAGCAACAGUUCCAAUUUUUGGGGUUGAUUCAGGUGGCCUAAUCAAUGGAUGGAAUGCGAAGAUUGCUGAAUUGACAGGUCUAGAGGACAGUGAAGCUAUGGGAAAAUCCUUGGUAAAUGAAAUUAUACAUGCGGACUCAUGUGAAUCUUUUAAAAAUACUCUAAGCAGAGCCUUGCAAGGCAAGGAGGACAAAAAUGUUGAGUUGAAAAUAAAACACUUUGGGCUUCAUCAACAAAAGAAAGUUGUAUAUCUCAAGGUCAAUGCUUGUACUAGUAGGGACUACACAGAUUCUAUUGUUGGGGUAUGCUUUGUAGGUCAAGACAUCACUUACGAGAAAGUGGUUCAAGAUAAAUUCAUCAAGUUGGAAGGUGAUUACAAAGCAAUCAUACAAAGUCUCAGUCCAUUGAUUCCACCCAUAUUCUCUUCUGAUGAGAAUGCCUGCUGCUCUGAAUGGAAUGCAGCCAUGGAAAGGCUAACUGGUUGGAAACGAGACGAAGUCAUAGGAAAAUUGCUUCCUGGUGAAAUUUUUGGAAGUUUUUGUCGACUGAAAGGUCAAGAUACACUGACUAAUUUUAUGAUUUUACUAUACCAUGGAAUAAGCGGUCAAGAUUCUGAGAAGUUACCAUUUGGAUUUUUUGAUAGAAAUGGAGAAUAUAUGGAGACUUAUAUAACAGCAAACAAGAGAAUUGAUGCUGGUGGGAAUAUGCUUGGCUGUUUUUGCUUCUUGCAGAUUAUAACGCCAGACCUGAAUCAGUCCUCUGAAGAGCACAAGCCUAGAGGAGGGGCAAACAUUUCAGAAUCUAAAGAGUUGGCUUAUAUACUACAAGAGAUGAAGAAACCUUUAAAUGGUAUGCGAUUCACACACAAACUUUUGGAAAAUACAACUGUGUCAGAAAACCAAAAACAAUUUCUUGACACCAGUGAUGCAUGUGAAAGACAAAUCAUGGCAAUUAUUGAGGAUACAAAUUUAGGAAGUAUUAAUGAAGGCACUUUGCAGCUAAACAUGGAAGAAUUUGUUCUGGGAAAUAUUUUAGAUGCUAUUGUCAGUCAAGUCAUGAUGUUGAUAAGAGAAAAGAACUUGCAACUGUUUCAUGAAAUUCCUGAUGAAAUAAAAGUGCUUUCUCUAUAUGGCGACCAAAUUAGGCUUCAGGUGGUCCUGUCUGACCUUUUGCUUAAUGUAGUCAGCCAUACACCAUCUCCAAAUGGCUGGGUAGAAAUCAAAAUUUCGCCUGGUUUAAAAAUAAUACAGGAUGGCAAUGAGCUUAUUCAUCUGAAGUUCAGAAUGACCCAUUCUGGUCAAGGUCUUCCUUCCGAUGUUCUUCAUGAUAUGUUUGAAGGAGGGAAUCAAUGGAAUACACAGGAAGGUCUAGGACUAUAUAUGUCCAGGAAAAUCCUCAGUAGGAUGAGUGGUCAUGUCCACUACGUAAGAGAACAAAAUAAGUGUUACUUUCUCAUUGACCUUGAAAUUAGAACAAGAAAAGAAAGGCAAAGGAAUUUGCAUGCAGAGACAAGCCUGUUAAAUAUGGAAGCUGCUCAUUCCAUCACUGAUAUUGAUCUUAUAAUAUAA